AUGACUACAGAAUUAUAUGGAGGAGCAAUAACAAUCACUAAAUUACCCGAUUCAUUUAUUGAUAUUUCUCAAAUCAGACAAGUUCCUGAUACUCAAGAAGUAUUUAUUAAUCAAUUAACUUCCAACUCAGAAUCAUUUGAUCAAUCAUUUAUAAUUGAUUUAUUAGAAAGAGUUGAUUGUAUUGAUUAUCAAGAAGCUAUUAAUUUACAUUUACAAGAUAUUGUCCCACCUAAUGUUUAUAAUCAUCCUAUUGAAGAAAAAAUCAAUCAAGAUGGAAUAAUACGAUAUUUUAGUUUUGUUAAAUUUAUACCUCAUUAUAAUAAUAAAAAAAUAAAUUCUAAUAAUUUAGAAUCUCCAAAACAAAUAAUUACUUUAAUAUGUUUAAUUCGAUUAGAAAAUGUUGAUACUGAUGUUUUAUUACAAUAUAUAAUUCCAUUAAAAGAUGAUCUUGAUCAUGAUAAUGGUGAUGAUAAUGGAGAUGGUGAUGGAGAAGGUAAUGCAGAUGAAGAAGAGGAGGUCAGUUUUGAAAAAUUUGGAUCUACAAAAGUUGAUAAAAUUGUCAAAGAAAGUUAUAAAUUAUUUAAAGAAAUUGCUUUAAGUUUUACAAUUAAAAAUUGGAAUUUAUUUGCAUAA